AUGUCGUCUGUGGUUGGUAAGGUGGCGGUGACGCCCGCGAGGGCGCGCAUCACCUCGCUGGGUAGGCGUGCGACGAAGUUACCGUCACCCGCGCGCCCACGUCGCUCAGCCUUCCACGUCGUUUCGCAGCGCACGGCGAGGUUGCCGCGACGACGCCCGCCCGGGAAGACGUCUCGACCCCUGGCGGCUCCUCGCGAGCGUGGAUCGCUCGAGGUCGAGGUGGAGAGCAGUGAGGCCGCGCUGCCUACGGCCGGGGCUGAUAAAGGCGACGGGUUCGCGGGCAUCUCACUCGCUGGGGUGCCUCUCACCCCGGAGGUCUCGGCCAUCGUGUUGGUGUACUUCGUGCAGGGCAUCCUCGGACUGUCUAGGCUCGCCAAGGACUACUUCGUGAAGGACGAGCUCGGUCUUUCUCCCGCGGAGGCGUCCAUCAUCUUCACCAUAUCCAGCGUGCCCUGGUUGGUCAAGCCGCUUUGGGGAUUCAUCAGCGACUCGGUGCCGCUCGCGGGGUACAAGCGCAAGAGCUACCUCGCCGCGUGCGGGUUCUUGGGCGCGGGUGCGGGUUUCUCCCUGUGCACGGUGGUGAACGACGUUCCCGGCGCGGUGCUGGCCUUCACCCUCGGUUCCCUCUCCACCGCCUUCAGCGAUGUCGUCAUAGACAGCAUCGUGGUCGCGAGGGCUCGAGGCGAGUCUCAGGCGCUCUCCGGGUCCCUCCAGAGCUUGUGCUGGGGCUCGGUGGCCAUCGGAGGCAUCGCGUCUUCGUACUUUUCCGGAUCUCUCAUCGAGACGUACGGCACGAAAUACGUGUUCGGGGUGUCCGCCGCGUUUCCUCUGCUCAUCGCGUGCGCGGCGCUGCUGGUGCGCGAGGACCCGGUCGACGAACCCAAAAGUCGAACCCUGUCACAGGCGGAGACGGCGGAUAAAAAGGACGGAAAGAGCGUGGGGGCACAGCUGGCGGAGCUGGGGAAAAAGUUGUGGGGGGUGGGGAAGCAGAGGAGGAUAUGGGCGCCGACCGCGUUCGUGUUCUUGUGGCAGGCGACGCCCAACCCGGGCACCGCCAUGUUCUACUUCACCACAAACGAGCUCGGGUUCACGCCAGAGUUCCUGGGUCGGGUGGCGCUGGCCAGGUCGGUCGCUGCGCUGGUGGGCGUGGGUGUGUACAACGGGUACCUCAAGAAGGUGCCACUGAAGAAGAUGUUCUUCUGGUCCGCCGUGGUUGGGACCGCGCUCGGUCUCACGCAGCUGAUGCUGGUCACCGGUUACAACCGGGAAAUCGGGAUUAGCGACCAGUUCUUCUCGUUGGGCGACACGGUGGUGCUCACCGUGCUCGGCGAGGUAUCAUUUUUGCCCGUUCUCGUGCUCGCGGCCAAGAUAUGUCCCGAAGGCGUCGAGGCGACACUGUUUGCCGCGCUCAUGUCGGUGUUCAACGCAGGCGGCGCGGCGUCGGGUGCGCUCGGCGCCGCGCUGACCAGCUACCUGGGCGUCACGGCGGAGGAUUUCACGAACCUGUUCUGGCUGGUUCUGAUAUGCAACUUGAGCAGCCUGAUGCCCCUGGCGGGUCUCAGGUGGUUGGACGAGGCCGAUAAGGAGUGGGAAGGCGAAGAGGACGCGGUGGCUGCGUUGAAGGAGGGUGGCUCGGAUUGA